AUGGCGGCGCGGGCUUCGCCCGGCUCCAAGGCAGCGGCGGGCCGGCCCCGCCCCCUGGCGGGGCGGGGCUGCGGCGCCCGGUGUCCUUGCGGCGGGCGGUGUCCGGUGCCGCGGGCGCGCGCGGAGCCAUGCUGGCCUUCGUGGCAAGGGCCGUGCACAUUGUCAGGGGGAAGAGGAAGCCGAGAAGGGCCGAGGGAGAGCUUUACCAUCUUUUCUGUCCUACCAGCCAUGGAUAGGAAGCAGAAGCAAGCAGAGGAGAAGGCCAGGCCCUAUGGCCUGCUGAAACCGACAGCUUUGGGCAAGAUCCCGGGCAGGCUGCAGCUGCACCAGGAGGCGCUGCCCCAGCUGCCCGUGCCGCCGCUGCAGCAGACACUGGACCGGUACCUGCAGGCCCUGAAGCCCAUCAUCAGCGAGGAGGAGCUGAGCCACACGCAGGAGCUGGUGGCCGAGUUCCGCAAGCCGGGAGGUGUCGGGGAGAGGCUGCAGAAGGGCCUGGAGAGGAGAGCCAAGAAAACAGAGAACUGGCUCUCGGAUUGGUGGCUGAAGACAGCUUACCUGGAGUAUCGCCUGCCAGUCGUGGUCCACUCCAGCCCAGGGGUGGUUUUACCUAAGCAGGAUUUUCUGGAUCGACAAGGUCAGCUCAGGUUUGCAGCCAAGCUGAUCGAGGGCAUCCUGGAUUUCAAGACCAUGAUUGACAAUGAGACCCUUCCAGUGGAGUACCUGGGUGGGAAGCCCCUCUGCAUGAACCAGUACUACCAGAUCCUCUCAUCCUGCCGCAUCCCCGGGCCCAAGCGAGACUCCAUUGUCAACUAUGCCAAAGGCAAAAAGCAAUCCAGACACAUCACAGUGGUUCACAACUUCCAGUUCUUUGAGCUGGAUGUUUACAACAGUGAUGGAAGUCCUCUUACCACUGACCAGCUCUUCAUUCAGCUCGAGAAGAUAUGGAACACCUCCCUCCAAACAAACAAAGAACCUAUUGGGAUCCUCACCACCAACCACCGGAACAGCUGGGCAAAAGCCUACAACAACCUUCUGAAAGACAAGACCAACAAGGAGUCCGUGCGGGCGAUCGAGAGGAGCAUCUGCACCGUGUGCCUGGACGCGCCGAUGCCGCGCGUGUCCGACGACGUGUACCGGAGCCGCGUGGCCGCGCAGAUGCUGCACGGCGGGGGCAGCCGCUGGAACAGCGGCAACCGCUGGUUCGACAAAACCCUGCAGUUCAUCAUUGCUGAAGAUGGCUCCUGUGGUCUUGUGUACGAGCACGCUCCCUCAGAAGGCCCACCCAUUGUGGCUCUUCUGGAUCACAUCGUGGAGUACACGAAGAAACCUGAGCUGGUGAGAUCACCCAUGAUUCCUCUGCCAAUGCCCAAAAAGCUGCGGUUUAACAUCACUCCAGAAAUCAAGACUGACAUAGAGAAGGCAAAGCAGAACCUCAACAUAAUGGUUGAAGACCUGGAUAUCAAAGUCUCAGUCUUUCAUCAAUUUGGGAAGUCCUUCCCCAAGUCAGAGAAGAUCAGUCCUGAUGCUUUUAUCCAGCUGGCCUUGCAGCUAGCAUAUUACAGGAUGUAUGGCCACGCCUGUGCCACGUACGAGAGCGCGUCGCUGCGGAUGUUCCGCCUGGGCCGCACCGACACCAUCCGCUCUGCCUCCGUGGACUCCCUCCAGUUCGUGCAGUCAAUGGACAGCCCUGACACACCGGACCAGGAGAAAGCAGACUUGCUGAGGAGAGCGACCCAGGCCCACAGGGAAUACACAGAUAUGGCAAUAAGGGGCAAUGCAAUUGACCGUCACCUCUUAGGCUUGAAGCUUCAAGCUAUUGAGGACCUGGUGAGCAUGCCUGAACUCUUCAUGGACACAGCAUAUGCUGUUGCAAUGCACUUCAACCUCUCAACCAGCCAGGUCCCUGCAAAGACAGACUGUGUGAUGUGUUUUGGUCCCGUGGUUCCAGAUGGCUACGGAAUCUGUUACAACCCUAUGGAUGAACACAUCAACUUUGCAAUUUCAGCUUUCAACAGCUGCGCUGACACAAACGCAGCGCGCAUGGCCCAUUAUCUUGAGAAAGCUCUGCUAGACAUGAGGAGUUUGCUCCAGUCCACUCCCAAAUCCAAACUGUAGGAGGCAAACAUGACAUGAUGCAAAACCCCCAACUAAAGGGGCUCUGUCUCUCAUGCACUGAAGUUCCCAGUUCCUCAGAAAAAUGAUUGAGGGGGCAGCUUGCCCUGGAGCCUAGAGGGUAUCUACCAUUUGUUACAGAACAGUCAUCUGCAGGUAUUAGACUCUGUGGUGAAACAGUCUUAAGCCAAAGUAGAACUGACUGUUCCUGUCCCAUCAAUGCAAUGUGCACCUUCCUGUCCUCAAAGAGGACUGAAAAAUGAUUGUACUGUAAAGGAAUAGAGAAAGCACAGUCCUCACCAGUAUCUGAACCCGUUUGGUGAGGAAGGCGGUUCUCCAGGAAAAGCAGGGGAAAUGUUUAUUGUCAGAUGAACUAUUACCACCUUUUUGCUGGUUUAACCUUCUGAAAAGCACAGCAUCUUUCAAUCUUGGCUGAAGAUUUUCCUGCUGCUGCAGCAAAACUUCACCAUCGAACUUUGGAGGAAGAAGUUGUUAAGUCAGAGCAGAUCCAGUGUCGUCAGGGUAUCCUGCACUGCUCAGGCCAGGCACUCCGACCAUUACACGACUCACAGGCCUAGGAAUGUUCCCUUUCCUCUCAUUUUAGGAUGCUGGGAUCUCCUCUCUGUUGCACUGACCCUAUUAACAACAGAAUACAAUUCCCUACAAACUGAGGUGGUUUUGUUGUUGUUUUGGGCUUUUUGUUAGGCUUGCUGUGGUGGUCCAACCCCUUCAUCUUCAGGCUCUGCAUAAAGCUUUUUCCUCACAAAACUUCUCUUACACAGCUUGUUCUAGCUUUGGCUUUGUGUACCUUAACAUUUUCAGAGGUGAGAAGGGACUGCCUGUGCAUUUAGCAGACACUUGCUUCAUUGUACCUUUCUUUGGAACUGAAGAAAGAGAUGCUGACCUGUUUACCAGCCAGAUGGCCACAUGCCUCGUCUCCUUCAGGGCACACACAUGAACCCAGCGUGAUUUUAUACCUUCCUUUCAGAAACAACAUUAUUUGUGCAUAGUGUGUUAUGCCCAAGUUGUGGACAAAUAAGAAUGUUUCUGAUCAGGAACUCCAGAACAUACUUCCAAUUUCUGGCUCCCAGAGCUCAAAUCUGUUAGAGCCAAAGGAAAAACAGCUGCAGGAUCACCCUUCUUUCACUGCACUCUGCUUUAACAAAGCAGAAAAUCUUGAGAAGCAGGAAGAAAGCUGAGAACAGAGGGCACUGUAAAUGUUUGUGCACUGUGGCAGCAACACUACAGCACCUUUUCUGCCACUCUUGGGAGUUAUUUCUUACUCAGAUUUGUGCCAGCUCACUGUUGUGGGAGAGAACGAUCUCCUGGUGGUGUUGCCAAACUUGAGACAGUAAGAGGUUCUAAAUCAACAUUAACAAACAAUUGUAGCAUAGGAAUUUUUGUAAGCACUAUUUCCAAUGAAUCUGCCAGAAUCCAACCUCCUGACUAUACUUUUAUUUAGUAAAACCAUAUGGUAAUGAAGAAUUCUAGUGCUAUUUCUGCAGCAGGACUUUACUAUUGAAAUUGCAAACCCUUCAGGAUGUGGCUGCUGGGACAUCACCAUACACAAGAAGCAUUAGGAGUCUGAUGGUCUGUUUUGUUAACAGGGAAAUACUUGAUCACAAUUGCUACUUUCUUGAUCAUAAACCAGCAAGGAACAUGAUCAAAGUGCCUUGGUGAACAUAUAUGAAGACAUUUGCACUAAACCUGUUUAAAGCAUAAAAACCCAUAGAAUUCAGAUUUGCUUCUUGAAAGACACAAGCCAACACUACAGCAUUUUCUUCCCUAACAAUGUUAUUUCAAAGCUUCUGUCUUAUACCUAAAUAAACCUCAAGAAAGAAAACUUAACUGAAACUCACCUGCACAGCCAGUGAUUGUAUGAACUGCCACCUUCACAUCUACAUGGAUUUAGUUGAUCUUUUAAGAAGAAUCUUGAAUGGAGUGAGAUAGUGAAAAAAAACCCACCCCAACAGGAGCACUACAACCCUGCAAGCACACACCCCUGCUCUGUAUGAGUUAGGCUGAAAACUGCAAGAGGAUACUCAGUAUUAUCAAAGUGGGAUUGUGUAAACACUACAGAAAAGACCAAACCUUGCUGGAAUAACAUCUGUUUUUACAGAGCCUUUUAUGUUGGAAAAAAAAUGUUCUUUUCCCAAAGUAAUCCUCCCCUCCUGUACUGAAUCAGCCUCUGUUGCUGGGGAUGAGUUAUUUUUCCCUGUCUGCAAUGCCUUCAACCACUGAUGCUGCAGUAUUGCCACUGAAGUAUUUGAGACUGGCCCUUUUCCCUGUCUGUCUCAAAGGGGAAGGCUCUCAAUGGAAAGUGCCUAUUAAAGAUUAAGCAGAAGUACACACUGCUGUGACUAUCUCAGAAGAUGGGAUUGAUCUGUUCUGGAUCUAAAUCUGGAUCUCCCAACUAGCUUCAGCAGGGUACAGCUGCAAGAAGCAGACUGUCACCCUGAAAGAGAUACAAGAUUCAUAAACCACUUAAAGCAUCCUUAAUGCUACAACAGAGCUGCAAUUCAGAUGAAUGAAGCUGAUUUUUGAAGUGCUUGAAAGGACACUAAAAUCAUUACAAGGGUUUUUUCCUCCUUUAAUAAGUCUUUUCUUACUGUACAAGCUUGAAAAUGGGGUCUCCUUCUGAUUCAUACCUUCAUUUUUUUCAUGAACACUCACCUCCUCCCUGUUUCUAACUGUUUUAUCAUGAGAUGUCCGUUGUCUUAAGAGCACAUUGAGUACAAGAAACUUCAGUUCCAGACAAAAACUACCCAUUUGGAACAAAUAAUUUAAGAAAUGCAUAGACUGAAAAUAUUCAGAUAACUCUUGGGGUAUGAGUGCAAUUUAUGACACAGCCUAGUAGUGUUGCAUGCUUUGCUGGUUAGCUGUGUUAAAUACUGUUGUUUUGGUAGUGUAAUCCAUGUCAUGCAAAGUUUUGGCAGGUUCUUUGAAUAAACUGAAACACAAUAAACAGACAAGUGCUACAAAAAAAGGCUUAAAUGUCCUUAGACACUGCAGAAGGUUUUGUAACCACCCUUAUGGCAGAACAUUUGUGUGGGGACAGCAAGAACAGGGAACCACAGCAUUCCGUCACCUUCCUUUUAUUGUCUUAGUAUCUCCAUCCAGCCCCCCUGAGUACAGGGGAGGAAUAGAAAAGCAUCUGCUUGCAAAGCCACAUAUUCCAAAGAAAAUACUCCAUUUCAUAAAACUAGUGGCAAGAGACUUCAUACACAUGUAGGAUAAGGCAGAGCUCAAAUCUUUUUCCUGCACAGCACCAUUUAGUUAAGAAAAUCCAUGGGAU